UCAGUGUGUGUUUUUUUGAAUGCAGAAUUAAAGAGGAUAAUCUUUUUUUUUUAUUAUUUUUUAGAACAUUAUAAACACCACUGGUUCCCAGAAAAGCCAUGCAAGGGAUCAGGUUACCGAUGUAUCCGGAUCAACCAUAAAAUGGAUCCUCUCAUUGGACAGGCAGCACAGCGGAUUGGAUUGAGCAGUCAGGAACUGUUCCAGCUUCUUCCGAGUGAACUCACUCUAUGGGUUGACCCGUAUGAAGUGUCCUAUCGUAUUGGAGAGGAUGGCUCAAUCUGUGUGCUCUAUGAAGCUGCACCAGCAGGAGGUAGCCAAAAUAACGCCACCAUGGUAGACAGCAGAAUAAGCUGUAAGGAGGAACUUCUCUUGGGCAGAACUAGCCCUUCCAAAAGCUACAAUAUGAUGACUGUAUCGGGUUAAGAUAUAGUCAGUGGAUGGAUCACCUUAAAAUGGAUGGAUAAGUUUGGUUUUUACUUUGGGUGGGCACCUCUAGGGGAUGGAUUAUGGAAUUUAAACCAUGUCACAGCUGUGAAGAUCUGGCACACGUUAGAGUGGUAUUCUUUAAAGUGACAGUGCCAUAGUUUGGACAGUACCUUUCAGUGAUUUAAUAGCCUGUGAGUCAAAAUGAUUACAACUUGCUAGGGAGUGAAGAUCUAGGAAGGGUCAGUUUCUCCAAGACAUCUUACUUAAUUUCUACACCAAUUCUUUCAACUCCAAUCUGUAUUUAUAAAGUGAUUCUCUGCAGUACGUCUUGCAGAGUAAAUUUGCACUAUUACAUUUAUUAAUUGUUAGCAUUUUUGGCAGCUCAGUAACAAGACUUACUGUUAUGAACACAAUAGUACUGGAAAUUUUAUCUUUCAGACUUUUACCUAGCACUUACAACUGUGUAUAAAUGUACAUAAGAUAAACUAGUAAGAAUGACCUGGGGAAAUGGUCAGAUCUUUAUAUUGGCCUCAGAAGUAGCAAGUGAUCAGAGUUUGCCAUGGCAACAGGCUUUAAAAAAGACCAUAUAAAGACACUGUCUGAACUGUGGUGUUAGCACCAGCCAGCUAUCUGUACAUUUGCUAGCUUGUAGUUUUCUAAGACUGAGUAAACUUCUUAUUUUUAGAAAGUGGAGGUCUGGUUUGUAAUUUCCUUGUUCUUAAUUGGGUAAAAGUCUUUUCCACAAACCACCAUCUAUUUUGUGAACUUUGUUAGUCAUCUUUUAUUUGGUAAAUUAUGAACUGGUGUAAAUUUGUACAGUUCAUGUAUAUUGAUUGUGGCAAAGUUGUACAGAUUUCUAUAUUUUGGAUGAGAAAUUUUUCUUCUCUCUAUAAUAAAUUGUUUCCUAUCUUGGCAUUUUAA